AUGGAAGGCGCGGCGAGUGACCCGUACCGGCGGCCCGCGCGGCGCACGCAGUGGCUCCUGAGCGCCCUGGCGCACCACUACGGGCUGGACCGCGGCGUGGAGAACGAGAUCGUGGUGCUGGCCACCGGCCUGGACCAGUAUCUGCAGGAGGUCUUCCACCACCUGGACUGCCGAGGGGCCGGCCGCUUGCCCCGCGCCGACUUCCGCGCGCUCUGCGCGGUGCUGGGGCUGAGCGUCGAGGGGGCUUCCGCCCCCGGGGAGGCCUCCGGGGAUACGGCCGCCGGAGACACGAACUCUGGGGACGUGAUCGCCGGGGACGCGGCCGCUGAGGAGGCCGCCGACGGGGACGAGGAUGCCGAGGAGGAGGCGCGCCUGGCGCUGCGCGCGGAGCCGCCCGAGCUCACCUUCCGCCAGUUCCACGCGCGCCUCUGCGGCUACUUCGGCACGCGCGCCGGGCCCCGUCUGCCCCGCGGCGCUCUGAGCGAGCACAUCGAGACGCAGAUCCGCCUGCGCCGGCCGCGCCGCCGCCGCCGCCGAGCUGCCUGCCCGGCCGGCCCCGACGGCGGCCCGGCCGGCGAGCGCCUGGCGCGGCUGGAGGAGGAAAACAGCAACCUGCGCGAGCUGGUGGAGGACCUGCGGGCCGCGCUGCAGAGCAGUGACGCGCGCUGCCUGGCGCUGCAGGUGCGCCCGCGGCCGGGGCGGAAGGGGGUGGCGGACAUUGCAGGGCCUGCCUCGGGGCCAGGCCUCGCGACCCCGGUGCUCAAUAGCGUCACACUGUCAAUCGGGCAGGCACAGGCCACCCAGCGCUGCGGGGGCCAGGCGCCGACAGAGGCACGGACCCAGGGCAGGCAUCUGCAAUUCAGUCAGCCUUGUGAGCACCAGCCUUGUGCCAAAGGGGACGACAAGAGGUGCGGGAUCAGACGAGGCCCAGAACAGCCUCUGAGGGAGCUGCCUGCUCCCCACGCGGCCCGGGCACAGCCCCGAAGGGUCGGCCUCUGGAAGAGCCAGGCGAUGCCCGGCCUGCAGCGCGGGCUGCGGCGGCUGGAGGGCGAGCUGAGGCGCUACAGGUCAGAGGGCACCCAGCUCCCAAGCUCGCCACGAGCCAGCCCAGAGCCACACACCGAGAGCAGUGAACCUGAGGGUUGUGGGGCCAGAGGCCCAGACCGCGCCCCAGAGGGAGCCUGGGGCUCCAACAGCAGCCCGGCGAGCAGACCCCCGGACCAAGCCCCCGCUUCUCCAGGGCUGGACGAGCAGCUGUUCCGCUCGGUGGAGGGCCAGGCUGCCUCUGACGAGGACGAUGACCGCGAGAAGUGGCAGGAGGCGCAGCGGCCGCCGGCCGAGGUCACAGCGCUGCUGGCUGUUCUCUCCGGCUGCGGGAGGGGGUGCGAUGACCGGACAGCCAAGAAGCUCAUGACUCUCUUCAGCCACUUGGGCGGUGCCAACCACGCCCGCGACCUGGGGGAGCUGGAGGCAUGUGUCGCCAUGCUGGUGGAGCAGCUGGGGUCCCAGGGCUGCGAUCCAAAGACUCUGAGGACGCCUGAGGAGGAGGCAGAGCGGCAGCGGAAGGCAGGCGAGGACGCGAACCUGCGGCAGGAGCUGCAGAUGGUGGAGACAGAGAGGGUGCGGCUGUCCCUGCUGGAGGAGAAGCUGCAGGACGUGCUGGGGCUGCUGCAGAGGCUCCGCGACCUGAACAUAUCGAAAAAAGCCCUGGGGAAGAUUUUGCUGAGCACACUGGAUGCUUGCAGGGACACCGCACACGAAGGGACGUCUGGCGCCUCGGCCGUGCUGGACAUGCUGCACCGAGCUUUGGCUGGCUGUGAGCUCCUGCAGAGAGAACCCGCGGCCCCGGCCUCCACAGGCCCGGCCCUCACCCACUCCUGCCUCAUCUCCUGCUGAGGUUGCUGGCCCGGCCUGUGGGCAGCCUGGCCACCAUCACAUCCUCAGAACCCUGGGGUCACCGGCUCCUUCUGAGACCGGUCCAAGCUCAGAGCCCGGCAGCCACGCCUUCCCUGGGCUCCUCAUUCCUGGCCUACCUUCCUGCUGCCAGCAUCCACGUGGCCGACGGUUGCUUGAUCAGCCUGUACCUGCUGCCAGCCCCCUGCUCUUGGAGUCAAGGUGCCUGCUUUUCUGUCUGGUUCAGUCCAGGAUCUCUUCCCUGGGCUCCCAGGAUCUCUUCCCUUCCCAGCAGUGUCCUCUCCGUCCACACAGCGUGACUGCUCCAGGAACCUCAUGCCCCACACUCCACUGAGGACACCACCCCUGCUCCCAGACAUGCUGACGGCUGGACACCGGGCUGGGGGAACCCGCAGGGGGGAGACAGUGAUCACGGCUUCCUGGUGGAGGUGGCUUUGAACUAGCUCCAGAAGAGCGGUUAGACUUAGACAGAGAGGAGGGAAGGGCACUUAAUGCAAGGGAACAGGGAGCGCCCAAGUGUGCUGCCGUAAAGUGCCCCAUGAGUGCAGACCCCAGAGCCCCUCUUUCCUGAGCGCCCAGGAGGUACUGGGCCCCACGGGUCACAGGCAGAAGCAAGGCAAGCUGCCUGGUUCAUCAACCUUAAACCCUCGUGGGGGAGAAAGGCACGCUGGCCAGCACCGCAGGGCGGAUGGGAUCAGUGCUAAACCGCGGCCGACGAGAGGGGCCAGAGUCCAGGCAAGAGCGGCCAGAGUCCAGACGAGAGCGGCCAGAGUCCAGAGAGGGG